UAUGGGAAAGAUAACAGAGAACAGUCGGAUAGAAGUGAGCUGGUACCUUGCUGCUGAGAUUUAGUGAUACACACCCGCUCAGCAGGGCUCCAGCAUCCUGACCGGCGAACCUGCAACAGGAUAAUAAGCAUGUCAACACUCCUGGAGAUAAAAAGCAGUGUGCUCAGACAGGUGCAGAACCGGCAAUCUUUUCGACGGAGAGCAGAGAUGGAAUCCAGCAACUCAACUCAAGAGACUUGCAAAGUGCCAAGUACUGACAGGGAGGACACUGGUGAUUUUUUUGACAGAAUGAGAAGUGUGAUUCAGAAACAAGAGAACAUGCAGCGGUACUGGAGGACAGAGGGUGUUUUAAAUAACAGUAUGCCACCUCCUCCAGAAAAUGUUGGGGAGCCCAAAGCACUGGAGAAGUUGUUGCUUAGCAAGAGAGAGAUAGAGAUGUUGUAUGAAGAAAUACUGUAUACCCUUGUGUACACGGCUGGUAUUGUGUCCUCUGAACAAGUUGCUAGUGAAGAAGAACUUUUUCAUUAUCUACAAAAGGUUUUUGGAAUGAGUAAAAGUGACCAUGAUGCAAUCCUACAGCAUGUCAAGGAAUCCAAGGCCCCUGUCUUUGCUUUGAAAGUGACAGUCGUGCAAGCUAGAAAUCUACUAGCCAAAGAUCCCAAUGGUUUCAGCGACCCGUACUGCAUGCUGGGAAUUAUGAUCAUGCAAAGCUCAAAGGAGACCGAAGAGAAGAAAGAGAGGAAAUUCAGCUUCAGAAAGAAGAAAGACAAGAUAGAGAAACGUUCCAGCGUUAGGGAAGUGCUGCCUGCGAAAUAUAUCCAGGUCACUGAAGUCAAAAGCAACACUUUGAACCCAGUGUGGAAUGAAAACUUUCUUUUUGAAAUAGAUGAUAUAUUUAGUGACCAACUACACUUGGAUAUCUGGGAUCAUGAUGAUGAUGUAUCAGUUGCAGAAGCUUGCAAAAAGCUUAAUGAAGUCACUGGAUUCAAAGGAAUGGGCAGGUACUUUAAGCAGAUAGUCAAAUCAGCAAGAGCAAAUGGUACAGCAGGGUCUUCUGAAGACAAUGCAGAUGAUUUUUUAGGAUGCCUUAACAUCUCCAUAAAUGAGAUUCCAGUUGGAGGCUUAGAUAAAUGGUUCAAGUUAGAGCCACGGACAAGCUGUUCCCGAGUUCAAGGAGAUUGUCACCUUAUAAUCAAGCUAAUUACAAAUCAGAGGGACACCGUUCUAAGCAAGAAGGCAUCUGGCUCGGUGAUUCAUGAAAUGCUGCUGAACCAGCUGCUCCAGUACGAGCACAAGCAAACAGAGGUUGAAAGCUGGAUCUGGAAGGGGGAGCUAAGCAAGCAUGCAUUUACCAUUCUGUCCCACCACAGCAUGCAGACUGAUCUCUCCAGCUUACAACAGGCCGUCAUAAAAUGGCAAGCAUUCAGCAAACAUCACCAAAUCCAGUCUAUGGAUUAUAGUUUUCUACUGGGACUUCUGAAACUCAUAGAAGAGCAAUGGGACCCCACCAUGUGUCAAAGAGAGCAGGAGCAGAGUUUGGCUGAAAGUUUUACGCUUUUCACAGAAUAUUGCCUUCUACUUCUGAAAAAACUCAGAGACAACUUUCCUGUUCUUAACACAACAGUCAUUAACCGGCUUGAAUUCAUGUUAAGGUGUCUUAGUCAAAUCCACAACAUGCAAGCAUUUAGAAUGGUCUGCCCUUUCCAUAAUGAACUACAUCUGGAGAUUGCUGCCAUUAUAAAGAAGGGCACGCUGGAGUGGUAUGAAAAAACGUAUGCCUCCCUGAGACCAGAAGAAAAGAAUACAGUGGAACAGCUGAGAUGCCUAGCGAGACUGGCGGAUGCUGUCCAUGAAGAUAUAGAGAAGAGCCAAAAUGUAUACAACAGAUUAUUUGUGAGUAUUGUGAAGGUGGAUUUCUUCAGUAUCACAUACCGGCAGCUUGAGAAACUGGUGGCUGAUGAAGUGAGCGCUGCAAUGGGAGCUCUGAAAGGAACAGAACCCGAAAGCCCCGAGAUAACCCACGCCAUUGGGGAGGCCUUGUUUGAACUCUACAUUACUCUCAGCGAGCUGAGGAAGUUUAGAGAUUACCUGCCAUUAAAAGACAACAAAUCCCUGGCUCUGUCAGGAUUCCACGAACUGUUUAAAGUCUCAAUUCAUACUUGGCUAAUAACUAUACAUGAAAAAACAUGUGAAAGGAUUCAGAGAGCGGCGGACAUGGAUAAGCUUGAAUAUGUAGACUCUCUUUCCAAGCACAGCAGUUCUGCAGUCGAUGUCACAAUCUGCUUCUCACAAAUCAAAGAAUUCUGGGCACAGCUUGCAUGGCCCGACUCCGCAGAGGCUUUUGUGUUUUUAACUCAACUUUCUGAUGAUAUAUGUAAAGCAGCAAUAUAUUAUUCAGAAGCAAUUAGGCGCAAGGUGGACAAAAGUCACCAGUCAACAGUGGGACAAGCCCUUAUUACUGAGCAGCUCUGCAUAGUUCUCAACAAUAUCGAGCACAUCCGCAAGUUCAUGGGCAACAUUCUGAGGGACCUCGAUUGGAAGCCUCUUGAGAUAGCGGUGGAGCCUUCCUCUGGGACAGAUGGAAAACCCCAGGUGCAGAAAGCGAUGAACACUCAGCUUCAAAACAUUGAUAUUGACAUGCAAAGGGAAGCCAAAAACAUGAUUUCGCACCUUACAGAAAAGAUGAUCGGUGAUAUAAAGAAAUAUAUACAGCACAUAAGCCUAUCACCAGACUCCAUUCAGAAUGAUGAGGCGGUGUCUCCACUAAUGAAAUAUCUCGACGACAAAUUAAUUAUACUGAACGAAACCUUGGUGAAAGAAAACCUACACAGGGUCCUCGAUGCACUUUGGUGGCUUCUGCUGAAAUUCAUUAUCGACGCUGUGGAAUCCAACAGGGGCGUCUCAGUGGAAUUCUAUGGAAGGUUUUAUUAUACACUGGAGGCUCUAGUGGACUUUUUCCAUGCAGAGGGACAGGGCCUGGCGCUGGAAUCCCUGAGAAAUGGAGAUUAUAGGUUCUUAGAGCAAGAGUUGCGUUUGAAUAAAUGCUCUACAAGUGAGCUCAUUGAGAAGUACUACCUGGACAACAUAAAGGAACAGAGAUCAUCCGAGCAGAGCAAGUAUGGGCGAUUAAAUGUCAAGUGUUACUAUGAAUCCUCCGAACAAAAACUCUACGUGGAAGUUUUACAUGCAGCGGACCUCAUUGCACUUGAUGCAAACGGCCUGAGCGACCCAUUUGUCAUUAUUGAGCUCUGUCCUCAUCACAUCUUCCCACUGGUGAAAUGCCAACGGACACAAGUUAAACCCAAGACUCUGCACCCGGUGUAUGAUGAACUCUUUUAUUUCUCGGUUUCAUCGGAGCAAUGUAGGAGGAAGUCGGCCUGCAUCGUCUUUACAGUGAUGGAUCAUGAUUGGCUUUCCACAAAUGAUUUUGCUGGUGAGGCUGUCCUGCCCAUGAACAUGAUAUAUGGACUAAACAGGCCCCACAUCACUGGAGGGGUGAAAAAUGUCCAGCCGACAGUAUUAAAACUAACAAGACCAAAGGCCAAUGUGAAAUCAAUACUGAAAAUGCUGGAUGGGCGAAUGGACAAGGAGGCACAGGAGUUUGUGAAAAAGCUCAGAGAAAUGGAGAAAUACAUGGAAGAAGACUGAACUGUUAUGUUUAUUAAGUACAAAUAAUGUGAAAACAAAAAUCUGAACCUUUUUCCUGUGGCCGAGGAGAGCACCCCGCGUCAGUAGGAGGCAGCCAUCUUGGCUCUGAAAAGGACUGCAUAAUUACUAAAUGCCACAAUGUUUAAUAUUCCUUUGGUUUGUUUCCUAUUGUUAAGUUCUCAGUUCAUGCACAGGAACUAAACGUUUUAAAUAUUAUAUGUUAAAUGAAUAUCGUAAUACUCGGUGUGACUUCAACGUUCCUUCGGUUCCGCCGAACAAGUAACCCAUCCAUCAGUCUGUUCAAGGAAAUUCUGCUGCCUAUUCACAGUGCUUGCCAUAAGCACUAUUACACACGUUUUCCCACAAUGCAUCACAUCAGGUCUAUAGGACCACAGGGCCCUCAACUCUUGUGGGAGGUGAAAAGGAGCUCAUUGAGUGCAGCUUGCCAGUGAAGCAAUGGCCACGGCUAAAGCUAUAGGCACUAGACUAAGGGCUCUUACACACAGGCGGUUUUUCCUGCGCUCUCCAAUGCUGCACUUUCCUCCAUUCAGCCGCUGGGGAGCCCAGGAGUAGACGCAAUUAAUUAUUGUGAAGGGGGCUGUACUCACACAGACACCUGUAAGCGCUAAACGCAGGUGGUACGCAGCAUUUUGAAUUUCACCUGCGUUCGGCACAUGCGACAAUAAUUGAGUGCAUCAACUCCUGCGCUUCCCUGCGGCUGAAAGGAAGAAAGCGCUACAUAGGGGAGUGCAGGAAAAACCGCCCAUGUGUAAGAGUCCUUUUAGACAUAUUAGAGGCAUAUUUUUGUAAGAAAGGUGGAUUUAAGACAGAAGACACUCAAAUGUGGGCGGGUUCACUCCCAAAUCGCCACCAGCAGAGAUGUAAGCUGGAAGCCAAACACAAAAGCUUAGGCGGAACACAGCAAAAAUACAUUUAGCUCUUGCUAUUUCCACUGGAGAAAUACAAAAAGAAAUUUAAAAAAUUAAGGUUUACUGGCCCUUUAAAAUGACAGAAUUGUUGACAUUUUUUUAAAAAAAACCCUGAUCUAUUCCACAAAUUCCAUUUAAAGGGGCAGAACAACCCCCUGCCAUCAUGAGUUCAACCAAUUGGGCUUGUGCUGAGCAUGCUUUUUGCCUAUUGCUUUAAUCACAGAAAAAAAUCUGUGGUUUCUAUUCCUUGAGCUAAACAGGUUAGUUGAAGCUACUCCAUGUUUGGCCCUUGCGAGUUAGAUAAUUAGACUACCAGUGCUCUGAUACUCCCCCUGCAAAAUGGACUGCUGCUAA